CAGGAGUGUAAUGCGACGUUCGGUGCUUGCUGGUACUAUCUGGUGCGGUGCUCAUGGGGGAUUGACUCUGUACUGUGGGCGUCGAUCGGUGAUGGUGCCAACUACUGAUCUGGGCCAACCAUGUGAACUUGAUGAACUCACACUGGCCUCUUCCUCGGUCAUGACGAUAAGAAUUUAACAUUUUGUGCCAUGGCGAUGUUUAUGCCUAUGUCCUGGCCGACGCCGCGACGCUUACGAUACGCCGACAUGGACGGAAGGUUGCGGAACGGGCCCGGCUCCAACAUAACCCUUACC